ACGACUCUUCAUAUAAUACCUCCACAGGUAGCUCAUGCACGUCUUUUCUCCAUCAGCCGCAUUGCAUCUCUCAGACCUAACUUGUUAGGCGUGUUUCCCUCUCCUUUUUACUUAUCACCCCCUCCCCUUCUUCUUCUUCUCACCAGGAAACACCGCGGUAGCCUUCGUUAGCCCCGGGGAUCCUGCCCUCCAGAGGCUCCCGGUCCCGAUACCUCCGUCAGCCGCCAACCCACCGGUUCCCAGACGCCAGGCUAUCCAGCAGCGAAGCUAGCCAGCUACGCAAAGCGAACCUAGCUACGUCGCCGGCCGACCUCACGGCUGCUCGCCGUCGCGCGAGCUCGCUCAUCGACUAGGCGGCGCCCGGCGUCUCGCCCAAUCGGCGGGCAGGUCACACGCCAGCAUACCAGGCAGUCUCGACGUGGGACACGCCUGCCUCGCCUCUCUCCCUCCAGCAAUCACGCCUGCCAACACACAACCAUACGCCGGCAGCCUGGCCGCCUGGCAGGAACCACCGUCAGCCAUCUCGAUAGCGCGCCUUCCUCUCGCGUCGGCACCUGUGCGUAUCGUUCCUGCCUGCACGGGUCUGCACGGGUUGGGUCCUUCCCCAUGAGCGGCCUCGCCCGGAUUGCGCGCGACUUCCCCGGCCGGUGGCAAGACCCGAACCAUGAAUUCCAAUUCCGACAUCCGAUCGCUCGAGCGAAUCCUCUCGACCCUCCUCAACAAGCAGCUCCAGCAGAUCUGCGCCGCCCACCUGUUGAAGACGAGCGGGGUCAAGGCCGACCUACAGAACCGGAUCAAGAAUGCGUUGGCUGAAAAGCAGCACUCGGAGCCUUACAGUUAUGGUGCGCUCCGGCACACCAUCCUAAGCAUCCGCGGCGGACAGCCGCCACAGUCGAGCCAGAAUAUCCCCUUUUCCAACAUGGCGCCGGCCCCGGGCACAGCCAGCCAGUCUCAGACCCAGAUCAGUCGAGACAAGGCGAGUAGAUCCUUCACCAUCUCCGCUACCCCUACGCCCUAUCAGAAUGAAAACGGAUACGACUACGACCAACACCCCCUAUUCAAGCAAACUCCCUUCUACAAGGCCCAGUUCCAGAUCGGCCAGGUUCAUCGGUGCGAUGUUAUGAACAGCCACCGGAAUUCGGUUAAGAUUACGUUUAAGUCGGGCGAUUUUCGUCAUUCGUUGUCGAAUUGGCCGCUAGAGCCGUCGAGGCGGCUUAUGCUUUUCUGCGGGACAGCGCUACAAGGCCCUCAGGAUGUCCAGUUUCCCCACCAAUCCGAGCUGAAGGUGAAUGGGGAGGAUGUAAAGGCCAAUUUGCGAGGUCUCAAGAACAAACCGGGGACAACGCUCCCCGUCGACAUUACGAGCUACACGCGCCUCAAACAGGUCAGCUACGAGAACAGCAUUGAUUUCACAUACGCUCUCACCACCAAGACAUUCUACCUGGCACUAUUUGUCGUUGAGAUGACGUCAAUCGAUGACCUCGUAACGAAGAUCAAGGCCAAGAUGAUCCCAAAGGCCUCGGUCGUCAGGGAAAUGGCCAAGAAAGCCAACGACCCGGACGUCGUAGCGACCUCGCAGGUUCUCUCUCUCCUGUGUCCAUUGAGCUAUACGAGGUUGAGGGUUCCCUGUCGGUCGGCAACCUGCAGCCACAUCCAGUGUUUUGACGCGAACUCGUACCUACAGCUCCAGGAACAAGCGCCGACCUGGCUUUGCCCCAUCUGCCAUAAAAAUGCGCCCUUCGAUACCUUAGCCGUUGACGAAUACGUCCUCGAUAUCCUAGAACACACGUCGGAUUCGAAGACCCAGGUCACCAUCGAACCGGACGGCCAAUGGAGGAAGACGGAGCGAGCCGAUUCGAGCCAGUCGCGGUCUGGUAACAGUACCAAGAUAGACGACGACGACGAUCUCUCGAUCGUUUCCCACGGCAUUCACACCAGCACACCGCUAAGCCGAUCAAUACCCAGCGGCGGAGCACCCAGCGGAGGAUACCAAGGCACGCCGAGCGCAUCGAGAUCGGGGAGCAACAAGCGGUCGGCCGAAGUCAUCGACCUCACACUUAGUAGCGAUGAGGAUGACGAGCCCAUCAUCCGUCCCCUGAAGCGCCAGAACCGAGGGCUAUCCGCCAGUCUAGGCAGCAGCGAUUACUAGACGAUCAGGGAGAGUAUCUACGGCGGGAUGAUGCCUCGAAGCGACGACAUCUGGUGGGAGAUGAGCAACCUCGACGGCCAAACCAGCGCCAGGUAGCCAGCCAUUCGCGCGGUAUAUCUCUCGGCCGGUUCCGUUUUGGAUGAUGGGAGAUGCCAUGUAGACCUGGAAACAGUCCGGAGUAAUUCGAUCUCGGUUCUCGGAUCUCUUGUACAUAAAAUUUGGGAGGGUAUCCUUGUACGCAUAUGGACACAACGGAGUAGGGGGAGUGUUAGCCUUGGCGUUCUAAAGGGAGGGGAAUACCCUCUGUUUUGCUAGGAAAAGACGGAUAAGAUGGGGACCGCCUGAUUAGAUUUAGCAGACCCCUUUCGCGGUCUUGCUUCUGCAGUACGAUCAAAAUGGCACGGUUACAUAACGGCGGCUCGCGGCAUCGUUACGGCGGAAGCAACCGAGGGUUUGUUACAGAAGUUGGAACUGUAAGCCUUCGACAAUAAAGCCGCCCCCUUCCCCCCCUUUUCUCCUAUUAUCUUGGGAGGCAUCUAUACGUACAUAUAUGAGUACGUUGCGAGGAAUGGACCCACCCUUUAGUACUUAUCGUAUGUAUGCAUUUAUGGGGGUACUCGAUAGCUUAAUAAAUUGGCUUAGCCCUUCAUGA